AUGGGCGAUGGAGGAGCGGAGCAGGGACGCGGCCGCAUCGCGGUGGCGGCGACCGAGCGAAUGCGGGAGCUGGGGAGCCGGGCGGAGCUGGGGGGCGCAGGGCGCGCGGGAGAUUGGGCCCGUGGCGGGGCUGAAGGAGGAGGAAGAGGAGGAGGAGGAGGAGGAGGAGGAAGCAGCCAUGGGCUCAAGGACGUAGCGGGAACCUCGGCCACCAACCCUCCGGCCGAUUCUAAGGCAACCUGCCCUGAGAGCGAGCGCCAGGCGGGAGCCACCGAAGCGGAUUAUUGCCGCCGGAUCCUUGUCCGAGAUGCCAAGGGGACCAUCCGGGAAAUUGUCCUCCCCAAAGGUCUCGACCUGGAUCGACCAAAGAGGACUAGGACAUCCUUCACAGCUGAGCAGCUGUACCGUUUGGAGAUGGAGUUCCAGAGGUGUCAGUACGUGGUGGGGAGAGAACGCACUGAGCUGGCCCGACAGCUGAACCUCUCGGAGACUCAGGUCAAGGUCUGGUUCCAGAAUCGCCGCACAAAGCAGAAGAAGGACCAGAGUCGGGACUCAGAGAAACAUUCUUCAACUUCCACUUCUGAGGCCUUUGCCACAUCCAACAUCUUGAGACUGUUGGAGCAGGGACGUCUUCUCUCAGUCCCUGGGGCUUCUAGCCUCCUGGCCCUGACCUCCACCCCACCAGGCUUGACCACCAGCAAUGGGGCCACUACUUUGGGGAUCUCCCGGAACUCCUCCUCAAACCUCGCUGGCAACAGCCCAACUGCGAGUCCGCCCAAGGCAGGUGCCUCCUUUGGUCUCCUUGGGCCCCAAAUGGCCUCAGCCUCAACUUCUCCUCGACUCCCACCCCCACCCCCUCCUCUGUGUUUCACCACAACCUCACUCCUGGACUUGCCCAGCGGGUAUGAAUUGGGCACUUCGGCCUUUGAGCCCUACAGCCGACUGGAGAGGAAAAACAGUGGCCCCGGCAGCAAGAAGACCAACACAACCUAACCGCCUCCUUCCCCACACUGACACUCCUUCCCCCUCACACCUCCGUGCGUUCCUCCACCCCUUUACUCCAGCCAGGGAGUCAGAAGAGAAAGACUUCCUCCCUCUCCGUCAAUCUCUCUCUCCCAGCUGAAAAAAACUCAUCAACCAAAUAUCUGGGCAAUUUGUGUGUGUGUGUGUGUGUGUGUGUGUGUGUGUGUGUGUGUGUGUGCUCACUCCAGGGAGUGUGCAAGGGUGUCUCUCACACAAAUAAAUGGAAAGGCACAAGAGUCGGCGGAGAUUUUAAAAAUUGCCCUUUCCUUCCCAACAGACUUCCAGUCCCCAGGUCUUCCUUCGACUUUCUCUUAUUCUGUCCAGGCCCUGUUAGCGGGAGCCACACGGGGAGCCCAGAAGGCCUCAGUUUGGAAGUAGGGCUAGAACGUUGCUCUUUUUCUGUGCUGGAAUAGGGCUUUUGUCCGUUCGGGCCUCUUCUCAACAUGUGGAGGCCAAAGCUGGCCUCCCCCAUGGAGGAUGUGGUUGUAAGCAAUCACGUAUGAGAGGUUCUUCCUAUCCAAAAAUGUCCCCCUCGUUUAGGUGCUGCUGUACCUGAAAUCCCCUCCCACAAUCCCCUUGGAUUCUGCUCUUUCUCUCUUAAAAUGAGAGAGGUAAAAAGGGAGGCAAGAUGGAAAGGAAUGCAUUCAGUCCCUAAGCUAAUGUGGGUGAUAAGGGCCAUAAAGUGGCAGAAAUGGACUCAGAAAGGGGAGGAUGGAGGCAAUGAGGACAAAAUUUGUGAACCUGAAAGUUUUGGCCGAGACCGAUUUUGCCAUGGUUCCCAUAUUUGGGGAAAUGGACCCAUAGUGGGGACCGCUUUCCUGAACCUAUGUUUCAACGGGCCCACAUCGGGAUCCUACAGAAAUAAGAUUCCUCCCUUUUAGACUUCCAUUGUAGCCAGGAGGCCAGGCCCGGCAAAGCCUUCCAAGGGAGCUGAUGGUGAUAAGUGGGGUGUGGGAAAUGGGGGAGGGAUGGGGAACGUGGGGAGGGGGACUGCUUCACACGGAAGGAUGCAAGAACCAAGAGGAAAAAUACAGAUGAUGUAACCAAAAAUAAAUCACUAAAUUAAUCCAUGGUAGACCAGGGAUCCCGAGAGAU